CCAGACCUUUAACACAUGCUUCUCUUUUACUGUAUGUAUAUGUUGCUGUAAUGUGUGUGUUGUAAUGUAAGCCAUCACCUACCACUGAUAACUCCAUCUCUUCUUCCCUUAUUAUCCCUAUUCCCACCCCCUACCACUCAAAACUUCCAAAGUCUCUGUCUCAACAAUUCCAUGUCCGUCGAACUCACACGCUCUGCCCACUUUCCUUCUCAUUUCUGGCUUCUCGUUUUUGGGAUUACAAAGGAGGCUCACUGCUGGUGGAAGAAAGCUCCAUCCCAGCUUAGAUUCGAUCUCCUUCACCUUUGUCCCCCGCACUGAUACCUCCCACAAACGGAAAUUUACUUUCCCCUCCCUAUUUAACUCUUGCUUUUAACACCUGGGUUGAUUUCAUUCCCCUCCAAUGUUUUCCCUUUGACGUUGAUUUCUGGUCUCUUUGCUCUGAGAUCUGAGUCUUCCCUACUUGGUUCCCUUUCUCUUGCCGAGCAUGCUAGAGGGUUUUCAAAGAUCUGGACUUUGAGGUUUGCUCCUGUGGAUUCAGUCUCAGAAGGGUUUGAGAUAUUUGAAGGGGAAAGCGAAGAAUGGCUUCAGAUCUUAAUUCCGAACUAUCCAAAAAGACUGCUAUUUUUGGCCUCAAGGUCUGGGAAGUAAUUGGGAUUGUUGUGGCCCUUUUCAUCAUAAUUAUCCUCUCUGUGUUGUCCUUCUGUUUGACUUCGAGGAAGAAAUCAAGAAGAGCUAGAAACAAGCUUCCUCUUAGUCAAAUCCCUCCUGUUUCGAAAGAAAUUAAGGAAGUUAGGGUGGAGCAUGUAUCAGCAAAUGACUUUGCUCCUCGUGAUGGGAUUCUUUUUACCAUUCAUGACAAAUCCAGUGACAAAGAAUCUGAUAAGGUUUUGCUUCAUCUUGGUAUGGGAAAGAUGAACAUUGGUGAUAAUAGCAGCCAGUCAGGUUCAUUUCAUCAUUUAGACAAAGAUGUUGGUUCUCAAUCAGGUGAAGAAGGCAGUUCUGGCACCGUAGCUGCAUAUAAACCUUCUUCGUCGUAUCCCGUUACUGCUCCCUCUCCCCUAGUUGGGCUGCCAGAGUUCUCUCACCUUGGUUGGGGUCACUGGUUUACGCUGAGGGAUCUUGAACUUGCAACAAAUCGAUUCUCAAAAGAAAAUGUUCUUGGGGAGGGUGGAUAUGGAGUUGUUUACCGGGGACAGUUGAUCAAUGGGACUCCAGUUGCAGUUAAGAAGAUUCUUAAUAACUUGGGUCAAGCUGAGAAAGAAUUUAGAGUGGAAGUUGAAGCCAUUGGUCAUGUGCGCCACAAGAAUUUGGUUCGCCUUUUGAUGCAGGUAAAUCUGGUUGAUUGGCUGAAAAUGAUGGUCGGAAGCAGGCGAUCAGAAGAAGUGGUGGACCCAAACAUUGAGGUGAGACCAUCAACAAGGGCCCUAAAGCGUGCACUUCUGACUGCUCUGAGGUGUGUGGAUCCAGACUCGGAAAAGAGACCCAAGAUGGGCCAAGUCGUGAGAAUGCUUGAGUCGGAGGAGUAUCCUAUACCAAGAGAGGAUAGGAGGCAUCGAAGGACACAAGGGAGCUUGGAGAUAGAAUCACAAAGAGAAAACUCAGACACUGAUCGGAGUGACAAUCUGGGAUCAAGAUCAGAAAGCAGGACAUAAAUCCUAACAGACAAUUCAUUUGGAACUGGAGGUUGUUCGAGAUUUAUAAAAGUGGAAUGGGGGCGUGUUGGGGGUGUAAUAUCAUAAAAUUUUCUCAACGGUCUAAAAUUCUUGGAUUUGCCUCUACAUGAGCUGCUGAUAUCUAGCUCUAGGGGAAAAGGGGGGAGCUGGGGGAAGAAGGAAGGAGAUAAUUCUUCUAUAUUCUUUUUUUUUUUUGAAUGUGUAGAUUGGAGAGAUGAUUUAUUUGUGUAUUCAAGUGGUGUUGUGUAGAACCCAAAUGAUAGGGAGUGUGUAUAUAGUUGAAUUAGGUGUCCUUUUGUUUUCUGAAUUCUGAGUACAGAAGGAGAAGAAAAAGAAUCUUGAAAAACAAAAACAUAAAGCUUUUUUAAGUUUUGUCAUAGGAAGGCAGAGAUGGGAGGUGGCAUGAUAAUCCAGAUCCGAUAACGCAAGAGGCCUUCCAUGUUUCAAACGCUUAAUCCUAACGUGUGGGAUGCAUUUAGAAUUCAAUCAAAAUAGAAGCUUUCCUUCCA